UCGACCCCUUAAAAUGGUACAAAAUUCAUGAAACCCUCAAUAAAAAUAUGUGAAAAAGGUUUUAUAACACUCUCCAUCGAAAAAUCUUUGGAAAAACCUCAACAGCAAGUACCACCAGACUGAAUGGCUCCACAGUCUUCAUCACGAUAUCGGACAUAGCAAGCCAUCGAUCAAGCCGAUUUAAAAAAAAACUUACAGUGUUUAAAAAAAGUGUUUUAAUUGUUCUGUUUCCCGGUUCGGCGUCGAGUAACGUGCGCAAGAACCCACCGUUUUCAUCGGUACUAUUCGAGGUACCCUCGUAAGCUCCGCUAUCUGUAAUUGGCACACACAGCUGCCGAGAUAGAGCGGCGAGAUUACAGAGCCGAUCAUGUUGGACCGAAUAGCAAUAGUACUGUGUCUCUUGUGCCUCCCGGUACUAGGAUGCGCGCAUUUAGACGAUGUUCCUAGUGACGGGAAAGUCGGUAGUGAUGAUGGAGACGUUGUCAGUACCAAAACUAAGCCAGGAGAUGUUCUUCAAGUGGAAAAAUCGAUAAAAGCAGUUGAAGAAACAGGAUAUAAUGCUUUGGACGGUGUUUCUAGUACCAGGAAGGUUGAUAUUGAUGAUGGAGAUGUUGUCAGGAUAGCAACUAAGCAAGAUGAGGUUGUUCAGGUGCAAAACGCCAAUGAGAGCGUCGUGCAAACAAGUUACAAUGCACAUAAAAAAUUUUCAGUGGAGGAAUUGCUGACCAAAACGUUUCCAAAAAAAACUUCAAAUGAUACUGGGUUGAAUCCUUGUAAAGCAGAUGUGUUUGUGGAUGAUAUUGCCAUAAAUUUUCCCGAUCCCAAAAGGAAAGUCUUCGCUAGAUUCAUGCACGAGGACCUGGAAAAUGCUGAUAAACAAGCCUUGAAUUCGGAAAAAGCAAAGAAAUUGUUGGAGAAAAACAAACUAUGGAAAAUCACUCCAGAACCGCUCCAAACCACACCUAACCCACACAAAAUUACCAAAAGAGCAGCAGUAACAACCUUCAAGGAACGUCUAUGGGACCAUGGAGUCAUCCCAUAUGAAAUCGACGACUCCUUCAGUGAUUUUCGCAAAGCUCUGGCCAGACAAGCCAUGAGGCACUGGGAAAACCACACCUGCCUCAAAUUCAUCGAAAGGAACAAGACUGAGAACGACAAUUACGUGUUUUUCACCGAAAAACCAUGCGGUUGUUGCUCGUUUGUCGGUAAAAGAGGCUUGGGAGCUCAGGCUUUGAGCAUAGGGCCUAAAUGCGCUGUUUUUGGUGUGGUUGUACACGAAAUAGGACACGCUAUUGGGUACUAUCAUGAACAUACCAGACCUGAUCGAGAUAGUUAUGUCGAAGUGUAUUUGGACAAUGUUAAAAAAGAACAAAAAGUAAACUUUGAGAAACUCAGCUCAGACCAAGUGAGCUCGUUGGGCCUCAAGUACGACUAUGAUUCCAUAAUGCACUACGCCAAAAACACAUACUCAAAAAACGCCUACGUUGACACCAUCAAACCAAUCGUCGCUGAUGGUAUGAAAAGUCCAGAAAUUGGCCAAAGAGUGAAGCUAAGCGAAGGAGAUAUUACGCAGACUCAAAUCCUCUACAACUGUCCAAAGUGUGGUAAAACGUUUCAGACAAAGUCAGGAUCAUUUUCUUCGCCUCAAGUCAGUACCAAUUCAGCUGAAGGUAGUACUUUGUGCGAAUGGAGGAUCAGUGCAACUCCUGGGGAGAAAAUUAUAUUGAAUAUCACCUCCAUGGAUAUUUUGAAGUCGCCAAAUUGUUCGGAAAACUAUGUGGAAGUACGUGAUGGCUAUUGGAGAAAAUCAAAAUUACUAGGUGUGUUUUGUGGUCGUGGUGAAAUAAACAACAUCAAAUCCGAAAGCAACCGCAUGCUAGUUACCUACGUAGCUGACAAUACCAUCCCCAGCCAAACUUUUAAUGCAAACUUCGAAGUGAUUUGUGGUGGAGUACUUCACAUCAACUCUGAAGGGUAUUUAGCUUCACCAAACUAUCCCGACGAAUACCACCCAGGAAAAAGUUGCACUUGGUUUAUUACAGUACCAGAAAAAUACCAGGUGGCUAUAAAAUUUCUGGCUUUCGAUUUAGAACAUCACGUGAACUGCAGUUAUGAUUACGUAGAGAUUUCAGAUGGUUUCAGAUCGAAUUCAACACGUUUACAACAGUCUUGUGGUACUUUAAUACCUGAUGAUGUCACGUCUAGUGGUAGCGAGAUGACUGUAACGUUUGUGAGCGAUAGAUCGAACCAAAAAGGAGGAUUUUCUGCCAAAAUUAUCGCGGAAUUCAAUGAGUGUGAAAAAACUAAUCACGGGUGUGAACAGUUGUGUGUGAAUACAUUGGGAAGCUUCAUGUGUGCCUGCCAGCCUGGGUUUGAACUUCAUUCCGAUAGAAAAAGCUGCGUUGAUGCAUGUGGUGGUAAAUUCAACGCACCCAGAGGCACAAUAACUUCACCCUCCUUCCCUGAAUUGUACCCGGUGGGCAAAAAAUGUUCCUGGGAAAUCGAGGCGCCUCCCCAACAUAAGAUUUUUCUCAAUUUCACGCACAUGGACAUAGAGGGAAAUGACUACGACUACCAAUUGUGCGAGUACGACAGAGUUGAAGUUUACAGUCACCUGGGGAACUACAAAACGAAGCACCAUGGUACUUUUUGCGGUAGAAAAUUGCCGAAAAUGAUUGGGUCGGAUAGUAAUAUUAUGCGUAUUGGUUUUGAUUCGGAUGCCAAUGUACAGAGGACAGGUUUUGCAGCUGUGUAUUUUAUUGAUGUAGAUGAGUGUGCUGUAAGAAACGGUGGUUGUGACCACGACUGUACCAACACCUUGGGCAGUUACCAAUGUUCCUGUCGUACCGGCUUCACUCUUUCCGACAAUAAAAAGAACUGCAUCGAGGGUGACUGUGUCCAUGAGAUUUUCACUCCACCUCACGGUACAAUAAACAGUCCAAACUACCCCAAGUACUACCCACCCUCCAAGGACUGCGUCUGGCAUAUUAGGACACUCCCUGGACACAGAAUACGGUUGGACUUCCAGUACUUUCAGCUGGAACAACAUCCUGAAUGUUAUUAUGAUUAUGUGCAGAUUUUUGAUGGAGAUUCGCCCAAGGCUGUCCAGCUGGGGAGGUAUUGCGGGCCUAUGGGUCCCCAUCACGUAGCCUCGUCGGAGAAUCAUAUUUAUAUGACGUUUAAGUCAGAUAACAACGUGCCUAAGAAAGGGUUUCUUGGUGUAUUUUCAACGCAAUGUGGUGGUCUGCUUCAAGCUUCUUUGGACAAAAGACAGAUAUACUCGCAUCCAAAGUACGGAAACACAACGUACGCUCCAAAAUCGAUCUGUAAUUGGUAUGUUCUGAGCUCCACCGGCUACAACGUCAGACUGACCUUCGAAGAAUUUGACUUGGAAAAAGAAGAUGACUGUGCCUACGAUUACGUGGAAGUAUUCGAUGGAUUGGAUCAUACCAGCUUGUCAUUGGGACGGUUUUGUGGUAACCAGACGAUGCAAGAAGUAACCACUUCAACUCAAGACGGUAUGGCUAUUAAAUUUCGAACUGACGACCAUAUCGCUGGCAAAGGCUUCGUAUUGGUAUACGAAUUGGUAGAAAAAACGUACAGCUUGGAAGAAUACGACAGCACAGAUUGAAACAAUCGAAAAGGCAGCUACUUGACACUAUUUUUUCUUAAAAAAAAACAAUUUGAGUCGUGUGAAUUUUUGUUUUUGUUACCUUGUAUUAUAUAUGUAAAUAUUACUAAGACAUACUGGUUUGUGAUUCAUACAGGGUUACUGUUUUACUGUUUAAGGGAAACACUCUGUAUGUUCCAUGAUCCCAGUUCUGUAUUAUAAAUAAGAUGUAUUUUAGAGUACGAAAAUUAGAUAUAAUAUUUUUGUAGAAAAAUAAAGAGAAAAUGUUGUAA